UUAGAUAAUGGAUCCAAAAUCGGAGUCCGGAGCCGUGCCUGCUACUAUUCCUAUUCCGAGGUUCUCACUGCCGAGAAGAAGGGUUUUGAAGGUUUCACAGAUUCGUUCUCUUCACACCCAACGAUGAAGCUCGUCAGGUUUUUGAUGAAAUUGAACAACGAAACUGUGUCGAUCGAGCUCAAGAACGGGACCGUGGUCCAUGGAACCAUCACUGGUGUUGAUGUGAGCAUCAACACUCACUUGAAGACGGUUAAAAUGAGCCUUAAAGGGAAGAACCCAGUGACAAUGGAUCAUCUGAGCUUGAGGGGUAACAACAUACGCUACUUCAUUCUUCCUGAUAGCUUGAAUCUGGAGACUUUACUUGUUGAAGACACUCCUCGUCUUAAACCUAAGAAGCCUGUUGCUGGGAAGCCUGUUGGGCGAGGCCGUGGACGUGGUGGUGCUCGUGGAGGCAGAGGUCGUUAAAUAGAGCACUGGACCUUUUUUGUGUCUGAAUUUGUAGUAGGAGAAUGUAUUGAACUAUGUAUCUUGCAAUGGGAACAUCUGAUUAGGAAAGUGGUAUGAUUUAACGCUCGUAAAGAAAGUUACUAAGUAAUGCAAUUUCAUUGAUAUAGAAGAUUUAGCUUUUCAUGUUGUGAGAGCAUGUACAAGUAUAUAGCUAUUGCGUGGUUUUGGAGCUCAAUGCUUUUUUUAUU